UAUGGCGAGCGGACGUUUGUUGGCGAGAAUUUCCUUUUUUUAUCGUAAUUUAAAAUAUUUCUCGACAAAUAUUUGUGAAAGUUACCACCGCACGUGUCGGUGAUAUAGUGUGAUAUGUUUUCAAUGAUGUGACUGCGAAACGUUCCUAUGAGAAACGUUGAUUUGUUGGUCUACAAACAACAUCAAGUCGGAUGGAAUGCUACGGCUGUAUACAAAGUAUGGCCUGGGUAUGAUGCUGGUGCGCGUAAACUUGCGCGUGGCGCUGGGCGCGCUGUGUGCCGCCGUUAUCCUGCUCACGGUCUUCUGGACGCACUGCGGGGAGCUCUCACGCAGACCCAUAGGUUCAGCGCUGUCGCUCGCUCUGUCGGAGCGCACGGUGGCGAGCGACGAGAUCGAGUGCGCCAUCAACGGAGAAUACUCCGUCAGCUGCCGCCGCGACGCCAACGAGGUUUACGUGCCCUUCUCCUUCGUGCACAAGUACUUCGAGGUAUACGGCAAAAUAACGUCAAUAGAAGGCGUCGAAAGGUUCGAAUGGUCUCAUAGCUACAGUAAGAUCUACCAUCCUAAAAGAAAAUACGACCCUAGAGGCACGUUCACAACCUUCGAGAACUACAACGUGGAAGUGAGGGACCGUGUCAGAUGCAUCAGCGGGGUCGAAGGGGUCCCUGUGUCAAUACAAUGGGAGCCAAGAGGUUUCUUCUACCCGACGCAAAUUGCGCAGUUUGGGUUAGCUCAUUACAGCAAGAACAUCACUGAAGCAGAACCAAGGAGACGGAUAGUUGACGAUGGGGAGACAGUCCUCGAGAAUUGGAUAGUGAGCAAAGACGCGGUGAUGUCGAGAGAGUUCAAUGUAACCCUUAACACGAACGUGCUAAGGUUCUCGACGUCGGACCAGCUGUCUAGUCAGGUGUGGAUUAAGCUGAACAUCAGCCAAGACUUCGUGCUAAGCUUGGACCUGCAGCUUCGACCCAACUCGUCCGUGACCGUGGUUCUACAGAACAAGGACAAGAAAGAGACGGUCUACCUGCAUUAUGUUACGAGUACGCAGUUGAUAUAUGCGCAGGAUGCGCACAUAUAUUACGGGAUCGGGCUGGACCCCCAGUGGCGGCGGAUGACCAGGGACCUCAUCAUAGACAUGCAGAAGGGCUGGGCGCUGCAGGACCGGCCCAAGAGGAAGUCCCCUAGGAACAAAUUUAAGAUAUCAAGCAUAAUCCUGUGCGGCGGCGGCGCGGUGGACAACGUGACGGUGUCGUCCAGCGAGCACAUGGCGCACUUCUACGCGGCGGCGGCGUGGCUGGCGCGACAGCAACGCGCGCGCAGCGGCGGCUGGCCCAUCCCCGUGCGGCGCCGCAUCGCCGCCGGCGUCGCCGAGCUCAAGCCGGGCUGGCACUCAGCAAUGAGUCAAGGGCACGCGAUAUCAGUACUAGCUCGCGCUUACCACCGCAGCGGGGAUUCGGCGUACCUCAGAGCGGCGAAGAAGGCGUUGUAUCUGUUGGACGUGCCCAGCCACGCUGGCGGGGUCAAGGCGAUGUGGAUGGACAAAUACGUCUGGUACGAGGAAUACCCAACCAAACCCCCGCUGUUUGUCCUGAACGGCUUCAUAUACACGUUGCUGGGCCUCUACGACCUGCACAUCAUAGAGGGUGAGAACUCCAUAUCCUUAGCUAAGAAGAUGUUCGAUGACGGGAUGACGUCACUUAAGACCUUGCUCCCUCUCUUCGACACUGGCAGCGGUAGUUUCUACGACCUAAGACACUUCACAUUAGGAGUCAGCCCCAAUAUCGCCCGAUGGGACUACCACGCCACUCAUGUCAACCAGUUGUACCUUCUAGCAGGAUUAGAUGAUGAUCCAAUUAUUCUCAACACGGCGAAGAGAUGGGAAGGGUACAUGCAAGGCAAAAGAGCAGCUCAUAAUUGAAUAAGAAAAUGGGAGAAAAUGUAAAUGGUUUGUGGUAAAAAAAGUCUGAUUGUCACUUUGGUGAUGGCGUGGGAAUGGUUAAAGUCAGAAGACUUAGAUAGAAGAUGUACUUACUAAACUGUUUUUAAUUAAACUGUGGACCGAAUGCGUACCUCCAUUUUUUAUAAAGCAAUCAUGGAGACUUUAGUCAUAACUUUAUAUGUCGACUCCUUAGAGUCUUUGUACUGAUACUUACAGAUGUUUUCUAUGAAACGGAACUUGAAAUACUCAGUUUUCUUUCAUCACUUGCAAGAGAAACAAAAAAUAUUUAAAAAAUACUUCUUAUAGAGAUUCUAUCAUAUAGCGUUUACCCAGCUUAGUCCGGGGUCCGGUUUAACCUGAAGUUAUUGAUAGAUAGUAUUUCAUUCCAAUCUUAUAUGAAACUCAAAAUCGCCUAUUACACUGCAGCUAUUCUAUAGAGUAUAAGUAGAAUUGUCAGGCCAGUACCCAAGGUAGCCUUUCUUUGUCUAUCUUAUUACUCGAUAAUUAAGAGGAAGCAGGACAUAAAAAUAAUAAUAGGAUAUGAGAUUAUGAUGUAUCUUUACAUAAAGUCUGUAGUGCUUUUUUGUAUGCAACAUUUGACAUCCUGUUUUUGGCUGGUUGUAUAUUGUCAUAUAAAACAGGUAUAAUACUUAGAAAUUAACAAACUUCUUAUUAGAGUUGAUAUACUGUAUCUAUGAGCUGUAUCUAUAUAAAACUACGUGAUCUAUUUACUGCUACGAUAUCUAAAUAUCUUAAUAAAAACUAAUAAACGCACUACAGCAUAAACACUUAUUUGUACCCAACCAGUUACAUCAAUCAAUCAAGCAAGAAAACUAUUACCUACUAAACUAUUUUUUACUAAAAAUGGCAACACCGUUAUUAAUCCUAUAUUCCGAUUGGAUAAUGGCGGUUGGUGUUGCUACUUUCUAAACAAAUUUCCACUUUUUAAAUGGGCAUAAGGCCAUGCUCUGUAGGCUUAUUCUGCAAGACGAUGGAACACUGACUGAAUUCUCCAAAAAUUAAAAUUAAAUUCUUUUCCUAAUGACUAAUUAAUCGAAAUACUAAUUAUUAUUUAAGAUAAAUUUGUCAAAGGUCAAGUUAAGAAAAAAAAAAAAGAUAUAAAAUUGACUAUCUAUAAAGUUAACGUUGAUAAUGCAAUAUCGUUGGUAAUUACAUUGCAAAAAUGAUUUAUGUUGAUCUUUGUCAGAUCUUACUGGAUUACAGAAUAGGUCCACGGCCUCCCACGGAAGUGUUGCCAAAAAAUAAAGGUAGAAUUGGGGUAAUGGCGAAACUAUUACAGGACCUUGUAAAACAAUUAUAGAUCUAGAACAAUUUUUGGGCCGAUAUUUCAUCUCUCACUAAGACUCUAAGAGUCACGCUCUAGUCGCUGUAACGUUUUUUUUUUGAUGAUGAUGAUGAUGAUCAUUUCAUUACGUGUAGUGGCGUUUCAUAUUAUUAAAAUUGUCUGCAACAGAUUGCUUAUAAAUAGAUAAACAAGUAAAGAAAGAUUAAAAAGACUCACCUGCUAUUGAAGUUCAAUAAUAAUUUAAUCCUCACUAAUUUGAGCGGACGACCGAACGCGUCGGCAUAACCACAACGAAUGACGUGAAAAACGGACAUGGCGGUUCAUACUGAUAGAUACGAGUGGUGGGGGUAGGAAACGAGUAGGGAUUAGUGUUGCCAUUUUCAAAACUUAAAACAACUUUUUUAUUAUUUGUUUGACAAAAUAAUGCAAUUUUUAUUUCAUAAUAUAAAGUAGAGAUGAAACAUCGAGUCCUUUAGUAGAAAUCUACAGAAUUAUAGUUGGAUUAUCGUGAUUAUAUCAAUUCAAAUACCAUCAAAGACUGAUGAUACAAUUUAUUGAUGUAUUGUGUAAUUGAUGUGUUGUGUUAAAUUGCCGGUAAUGGGUGAAAUUUGCACCAAAAACUGGCUAUUAAAAAACUAUAUUUGAAUAUUAUUUGUAAGUUUGAUUGAAAUAUAAAAAUUACCUUUUACUACUCAAAUCUAGAAUAAUUUGUUAAAUAAAAAAACAGUUUAGAGCGGCAAAAAGUGAUGUGGGCUUAUUAGAAAAAUUUCAUACAUUACCGGCAAUAUUUUCAACCUUUGUAUAUUAUUUUAUUUUGUACUUAAUUUCGAUUUAAGUAGUCAUAUUAACUAGUAGUAUUAUCGAAUAAUACACUUAACUUUAUCAAUAACCAUAUCAGAUUGUAUAUAGCGUAGUGAUAGUAAGGGAAUAUUUAUUUUUACGUAAAUAUCAACAAUGCUGCCGAUUCUGGCUGGCGAAACUUUUCAUUUUAGUCUGGCAGAUCUACAAAUAGUGUCGUCCUUCACGUAUGAUAAAUGAAAGAAAGAGAUUAUAGCCUAUAUUAUCCCAUUGUUGGACAAAGGAUCGUCAUCAAUUUUCCACGCUUCACGGUUUCUGCGAAUUAACAUCAGUUUGUUAGAUAGGCAUUAAACUUGUCGUUUUAAAAUUGUCAAACAAAAUAAAAAAAAUAUGUUUGUGGAUGCCAGAAUCGGUAACAGUUUAUGGUAAGUUUAUGUGAUUUGUUCAAAAACUUUUUACAUAAUUUCAGUCAAUUUUCUUCAAUGUAAUAAGUAACAAAGCCAGAAAUGCUUUCCUACUCAAUUGUAAGCAUUUAGUUAGUUUUACUUAUUAAAAACAACUUCUUGGUGUAAUGGUAGACACAUUGAUAAUUAAAUAUGAGGUCUUGAGUUUGGAUCUCUGUUGAGUAGAUUUUUGGAAACGAAUUUCUCUAAAAUUAUCCCGGUGUUUGGGUGUUACACCACCAAACCGCGGCAUCAUUUUUUACAAAUGGUAACACUGAAGUGUUAUAUAGCAAAUGUAUGUAUGUAAAUGAUUCCGAAGCGCACUAACUGUCUUAUAAUGAAUGACAAAUAAUUAAUAGUAAUCAUAUCAAUCCGUUUCUAAUUAUAAUAUAGGUGUGUAUGUGUCAACGAGAUAAUAAUGUAUUGUAAAAAUUGUACGAUAGAAAAAUUCUUGCCAUAUUUAUUGCAAAUCUUACCACCUGUAAAAAUGUACACGUUAAUGAAAGCACAAUAUUAUGUAUUUUUCAGAAGGAGUUGGAUGCCUCGUUCACAUUACGCCACAAGUUGUGAGUUAUCACUAUAAGUAGCAGACUUAUCAAUUUCCAUUUUUCGGGACUGAAUUUGUAACUUCUGGCAAAUUCAGUCGGUUCAAAAGUGCUCUAAUGUGAACGAGGCGUAAGAUUUUCUCCUUUAUCGGCAAGGUGCCUGAAUUGUCCUGUACUAAAAAGACUAUUAGAAUUACCUCUUCGAAUUUGUUUAAAAUUAUACUUGUAUAUGUAAAGGCCUAUAGGAAUAAAUGUAUAAACGUAGAACGGCGUAGACAUGUAAUGUAUACGUAGAUCGAUUGCCUCAAAAUGUAAAUUAUUAUCAAAUGUACUGAAACAUUGCUAUUGAAUUAUUAAAUUUCAUACUUCGGCAAUAUAAGCUAAUGAUGAAUGUUUGUAAUGAAAGUUGUGCACUUGAAAUUGGGUUUACUCAGAUUUUUUUUUUUUGUAAAGUUAUUCUUUUUACCACACGUUAGUGUGAUAUGACAUAUUGCACACAUUCUACCCAGUACGGUAGAAAAGGGAGUUCUUGUGACGUCACAAUAUAUUUGCUUACGUCAUGUUACAAUAAAUUUUGGGUAUAUUGGUUUUCCAAUGACCACUAUAAGAACUGAUGGUCUAAAAAGGUUACAUUGAAACAAAUCGUCAAAAAAGCAAUAUUGCUAUUUGACAUUUGUUUAACACUGCGCACUUGCUUACUUUCCAGGCUAGGUUCCCAAAAAACAACUAUAGAUGGCGCUGUACAGUUUUGUCUUCGUUUAACCUUCUAGUUUCAUAGAUAACAGACAUAUGCAUUUUUGUUUUUGGGCAUAAAUGAUGACCCUUGUCCACCCAGGCGCAAGACAUCUUCCAUAAAAGAGAAGCAAUAUAGUUAGCAAUAUAAUUCUUUACCAUAUCUGAUCCAAAUAUCAAGAAACAAUUAUUUUUAUAUAAUACGCCCCUGCCAUUUACUUUUCAUUAUACUUUUGAAAAAUUAUGUACUCGAGUAAUGAGAAAAUAGGUAAUUAUCACGUUAAAUCUGUACAUACAUACAUACAUACAUAAACUCACGCCCGUAAUCCCAAAUGGGGUGGGCAGAGCCACAAGUAAUCAAAGACAACUUGCAGCCACUGUUGAUACGAAGUCCUAAGAUGGAUAUGAUGAACCUUAUGGUGAUAAGGGAUCAGCCUAUCGCCCAUAACAUUAGUCCAUCAUGUUAGAGGACGCAAUCCCUCUGUCGGUAUUAAAUCUGUACAACGCCAUUUAUAUUGUUUUUAGGGAACGUAGCCUGGAAAGUCUCUCAUUGAUUUACAAGAUUGCAUUUAAGAUGAAACGCAAUGUGGCUUUUGUAGGCCCCUGAAUGUUAUUUUUAUUUUGAAUUUAUUGUUUCAAAAGUACAAGGUGAGAGGUGUGCAUAUUGCGUUAAAGCCGAUAACGCUUUUCAAGUAUCAGUUUGGUUGCUGUGAUAACCAGAGGGUGUAAAAAGUCCACUCAUAUAAAAAGCAAUAUUGCAAUUUGACAUUUGCGCAUAUAAAAGUAAGUGCGCAAUGCCAGCAAAUGUCAAAAAGCAAUAUUGCUUCUUUAGAUGAAUUGUAUCGAUGUGGCCUUUUUAAUCCCCCAGAUCUAGUAUUUUCAAUAAAGAUUCUCAUGUAGUCUUGCCUAAAUUUGACUGAGAAAACAGGUACCUUUACAAUUAAAUUACUAAAGGAUGUUUGACCCUGGCGUAUAAAUAACAUUUUGUAGAAAAAUCUUAUAAAAAUUGAAUUAGAUUCAAUUGGUAACUGUUGAUUUUAACAAUGAAUGACGAGUGAUUGUAAUUUCGUUUUUAUAUUGCUAAAUGCUACAUAAUUAUACAUUUUGCGUGACCUAAACUCUAAUUUUUAAAUCGGGUCAAUAAAAUGACAAUGGGAGAUUUUCUUUUUUUAGAAUUAAAAAAAUACCUUAUUAGUCUCAUCUCAGACGGAACUACUCAAAAUAAAUGUUCGCACACAACACUAAUAGUAACUUCAGUGUGAGACGGCACUAAUAGUCAUCGAAGGUUGACUCGAAUUAAAAAUAUAGUUUUGUAGCAUGGUGCGUAGGACAGUUGUCAAAAUAAUACGUUUCCUUAGUAUAUCUCUUUCGCACUAGGGUACAAUGUAUACUUCUGUCCUAUUCUCAUAUGAAUCAUGUUAGCACGCAAAUAGUAUAACUGAUAUAAUGGUAACACUGUGGAUGACUUUUCAGUCUAAGUAAGAAAGUUGACGAUUAGUGGGACGCUAUAGAAACAUUCAUAACUGGCCACGAAUAUGCGGAAUAUGAAACAAAACCAGGUGAAAAUUACAUUAAUAGGCUACUUGACAACCUAAUCAACUGAGAUACCUUUUUACGAAACGUCAAAACGAAAGUUUUCUUUGGAGUUUGCAGGAAAAUACUGUCCUGUGACGUUAACAAUAAAAGAAGUCAAACGUCAUACUUAUUGUUACUUAGUUCAUAAAUAAAAUUCGAAAAGUAAAAUGAGAUUGAGUUAUGGCCAUCUUAGACUGGCUUCUAUUUCUAGAUUAGCAUUUUAUAAUUUAUCUUUGACCCAGUCAAAUACCCAUUCUUGUUUUGAAUUUUAUCCACUUCCGGUAGUUUUCUUUAAAUGAAAUUAAUAUCAGUGUCAAUGUUGCCAUUUAUCUCUGACGUUUAUUUUCGUUCCGCUAUUCAUCUUCUUUCAAUAUUUAAAUUUAUAUAAAUUCUGAAUCAUACCUUUUAAACUAUCGUUGGCUUAUAGUGAAAACCAUGUAAGCGCCUUUUUGAUAAAUCACAUUCGCAUCUGGGGGGUUAAAAUAGCCACAUCGAAGCAAUUCAUUUAAGAAAGCAAUAUUGCUAUUUGACAUUUGUUUGCAUUGCGCACUUACUUUUAUAUGCGCAAAUGUCAAAUUGCAACAUUGCUUUCUUAGAUGAAUUGCUUUGAUGUGGCCAUUUUAACUCCCCUGAUUAUUUUAACAAAACCUCUAAUUUAGACCACAAUUUAUUUGAUUAGCUUGUCUAUUGCGAGGUUUUGUUAGCACAAAUGACACCAGAAUGUAAUUUUUUAACAAAGCGAUUGCGUGGUUUUCGCUGUAUAGAAUAUCAUGGUUUCUAGCCUAAAACUGCUAAUAGAACAUUCCAAUAUGAAAGAGCUUAUUAGUAGUUACUGUAAAUAGUGUUUGUUGUCUAUACUGUUUGUUUUGUUGAGUUUCUGUAUAGUGGGGAGGCUGUAAGCGACUGUGAUGUCUGGUCCGCUUUUAAUUAAAUAUAUUGCAGAGAAUCGAGCACUGAAAUAUUCGAGAAUUACAAGAAAGUUGUACGAGUAAGAGUGUAACUGUGAAACUUGCUAAGAAAGGAGAUGUAUUGAUUUCUUUUUUGAAUAAGACGCAAUGAAUCAGAUUAGGGACUUUCCAGGCUACGUUGCCAAAAAAAAAAAUAUACAUAUAGAUGGCGCUGCACAGAGUUGCCUUCGUUUAACAUCUUUGUUUUUGGGUAUAAAUGAUGACCCUUCCAUUACAUCUAUCCAUUAUUAUUCUGAUCAAAAUAAAGAGAAUCAAUGUAGGUAGCAGCAUAAUUUUAUGUAUACAAAUGUGAUCCAAAUAUCGAGGAACGAUUAUUUUUAUAUACCUCUGCUAUUACAUUGUCAUUUUGAAUAAUUAUGUAUUCGAGCAAUGAGAAAAUAGGUAAUUAUCACGUCAAAUCUGUACAGCGCCAUCUGUAUUAUUUUGGCAACGUAGCCUCUCAGAAACAGAAACUAGAAAGUCACACAUUAAAUAAAACAGCCCCCGCAGGCUGCUCGCGUUUCGUGCGCGACGCGAUAAGUAUGCGGGCAGCAUGCCACGGCUAAUGGUGUAACAGACUUCACAAUCGCGCGUGCGGUCCAUCUUGCUCUGUAUCUAUAUUAUCUGUACGAGUAGAGUAGCGAGCUAGUGAAUGCACUUGUGAAUGACAAUAAAGCGUCUCAAUCCGAA